UGAGGUCAUAUUUGUGUUCCAGAUUUCUUGUUAGCUUAGUAAUAUUAUAUGGGCCUAUUAAGCCGUAUGAAUAAGCCCAUAUUGGUCAAGUUUUAAAAGCGUUUCCAGCCCAGCUUGCUAUCAGGAAUGUUUGUUGUCGUCACUCGAGACCAAAUUGCUCAAUGCUGGUUCUGUCUAUGAGAGAGAGAUGACGUUGAUGGCUUCCAAGCUUCAGAAAUGGCGAAACCUGUCGACUCGAAUAGAUCAAACAGCUCGAAACGACACUGUAUCGACCAGACGGUUUCUCCACGAAGGUCCAGACACCAUGGAGGAGCUCCUCGAUAGACACCUAGCGAAGAAAGAGAAACCGCUGAUCAACGACGACGAGGCCGAGUAUCUCAACGAGCGGCGUCUGACGAGCACGCGCCGAGAGGCGCUGAGUCUGUACCGGGACAUAUUACGCGCGACAAGGUUCUACACGUGGCCGGAUUCGAGGGGGGUCCUGUGGAGAGACGUGCUGAGAGAGAACGCUAGGAAGGAGUUCGAGGCGGCGCGGUUCGAGACGGAUCCGGAGGUUAUCACGAGGCUGCUGAUCGGUGGGAGCGACGCCGUUUCGUCUGCUUUGGAUAAGCUCGCGGAGAAGCAGAGAGAGAUGAUCGAGUUAGAGAAACCGCGGUGAUGGAACGUGAUUCGUCGGAUCAGUAUACACGACCAAUCUAUAACAUAGUUUGUGUUGUAAUUUGAAAAAGGAUGUGUUAGACUUCUUUUUUUUUUGCUAAGGCUUGCCGGUUCGUUUCGGGUAGUUCGGUUUAACAUAAAUAUUACGGAAUUAACCAAAAUAAAUUUAAUUUUAGUUUGGUAUUCGAUUAUUUUGGU